UUUCUCCCGCCAACAACGUUGUCAUUGGGGACUGGGAAAGUGCCAUCCUGACAAGUUGAGGGCGGCAGAGCCUCGAAGAGCGGGAAAUAAAACCGAAUUAAACUAGCUAGCUAACCUAAAGUUUCCUACCUUUGGCACAUGGAAACAAACUAACAAUAAUCUAUAGAUACAUGUUUCUCUGGUUAAAUCCAAAUGAAACAAAAGAAAUGUAACCAAUACUUGCCCACCUAUGAAUAUGAAUGGUUUAGGAUCGACUAGCUCGAUCUGGUAAACGCCAGAUAUUUUUCCUUCGUUCCUGCUGCAGCUAGAGCGAGACUGGUGUUGAUGACUCUGAUACAAGGUCGGCUGUCCCUGGCUGUGUGCACUUCGCUUGCAAGGUGUUUUAACUUUAGUUGCCAUUGUCUUGCUGUUUUACAUUGGAUAUAACCCUCAAUCAAUUAUUUGUUUCCACUUUACUUGUUCAAGCCAUCUAAUUAAGCACAGUGUCUACGAUGGAGAACGAAAUAGCUCUAAUCUCAAUCUGCACGCAGACCAGCACUCCCUCUCCUCCUCCUACUCCAGUGUCUCAAGACCUCAGCAACAACACCUCUCCCUCUCACCAUGCCCCCCGCUUUGGCACCAUCAUCCCUAACCGCAUCUUUGUGGGAGGCAUUGAUUUCAAGACCAAUGAGAGCGACCUGAGACGCUUCUUCUCCCAGCAUGGAGCAGUGAAGGAGGUGAAGAUAGUGAUUGACCGUGCUGGGGUGUCAAAAGGAUAUGGCUUUGUUACCUUUGAGACGCAGGAGGAUACAGAGAGAAUCCUUCAUGAUGCUGACAGACUGUGCUUCCGGGACAAGAGGCUCAACAUCGGCCAGGCUGUCCGCAAGCAACAAGUGGGAGGUCACCCAAACAGCUUCUCUGUGUCCAGCCAUACUCCUGCCAUGAUGCCCACCCCCUGUGGAACCAUGUACCUCACCACCUCUACGGGGUACCCCUACACCUACCACAACGGAGUGGCUUACUUCCACACCCCAGAGAUGAGCCCCUCCACCCCCUACCACUGGCCUUCCCGCUCAGUGCCUGGUUCUCCAGUCAUGCUGGCCCACCAGCCUCCACCCAUCUACCAGCAGCCGGCCUACCAUCACUACCAGGCCCCUACACAGUGUCACCCUAGUCACCUGCAAUGGAACGUUCCUCAGUCUCCAGUGCCCUCCAGCCCAGUGUUGUACAUGCAGCCCUCUGAGCUCCUGUACCAGCCCAUGGAGCAGCCCAGCGACGGGGGCUGUGUCCAGCCUGCCAUGCCCCUCAUAGAGGCCCCCAUCCCAGAGCAGUUCAUCGACCACAUGGUGCAACCAGCCUACAAUCACACGUUAUCAUACUACCCACAAAGUCCAGGGGGGAUGACACCUGUGAUGAUACAGCAAGAACCAGGAAAGGAACAGAAGUUCCACGCCAUGAGGCGAGGUUACCCCUCCUCACCGGUCACCCUGAAGCCCAGGUACGGCCGCAACCCGCACUACGCCCACCUGCGCAAGGAGUACCGCCCAGAAAUCACCACUGACCCCUCCCCUCUGCCCGCCACCGAACCACUCAAGUAGAGGUCAUCCACGUUUCCUUUCGGCCAAUGAAACGCCCAUCUCCUCAGGCAGAAAGACCUACUUCUCAAUCUCUCCACCCGCUUCUCAAUCGCUCCACCCACUUCUCAAUCGCUCCACCCGCUUCUCAUGACCCUGUCUCCUCCAACCCUUCACCCGCAUUAUAUUAUUCAGUCCAGACAACUAUGUGCUCGCUGAAUGUUCAUUUUUUUUUAUCUGUGUAGUAUAAUUUAAUGUAAUAUUCUAUCAUUUUAGCUACUAAAAAGUACUGUAAGCACUAUGAUGUAAGUGCUCGUUCUAUCACUUCCGGACUGUAAAAAAGUGCAUAGUUUUCUCUGGUGUUUUUUCCACAACUCAGAGGGAUAACUAGCUCUUGGUACUGUAUUGUACUGUUUAACUGUUUCAUAACUUAACCUAAUGCAGGAUUGAGCUUAAAGUUAAGCUAAACGAUCUUUUGUAACAAGAAUGUUCCUCCAUUGGCAUCUGUGUCAAACUUUUGCCAUGUAACCGUUCAGAGUAUAGAAGCAAUAGGUAACUAUUUCCUGGUACUGCUUUAUGUAGGCCUAUUGGCCAAUCACAAGUUUUGUUUUUCAAAUUAGCUCUUAACGCAAUGAAAAAAAAGUCUAACGAAGAUUAUUGCCAAUAUUGGUGAAAAGCUCUAUCUGCUAUUGAGCAUGUUUUAUCUCAAUGGUAUUAGAAUAGUCAAGAUUACUGUCUUUUUAAUGUGACAGCAAUACAUGUUGGAAAAUGUAUUUAAAAAUAAUUAGGCUGCUGUCACAGAAGAGGGCAAAUAGAUCCCUAGAGGGUUAAUCGUUACAUAAUUCUCCAACUGGAUGAAAAAAUACAUAAACAGGAGAUUAUUUUAUGCAUUUUUAUGUAUCUCAUGUUUUCGAGAGCUGUUUCAUGUAGAUUUUUCUGUGAUUGUGAGUCUCUAAAAACGAUGUGCCCUCCAGAUGAGGGGUAACAUCAAAAUAACUCUGUCCACAGGACUGGGACCACAAAUAAAGUUUCACGUGGUCUCACGUUGGCUUUGUGUGACGGCUGGGACAUUUCAAGAUUGGAAGGUCAACAAAGUAAGCUCUUUUUUUUUUGCCAUUCUUUCCUGCCUGUAAAUUAUUCACCUCAUCUUCAUCAACUUCAAUCACCCUUGGUUCAGUCAUGAGUCACCCAUGGUCCACUCAGGUUUACAUGGUCAGG